GAAAAAAAAAGUACAUUAACAUAUUAGGGUCCGGUCCAACCGUCCAACCAGGAAAAAAUAUAACCGGCCUUUGGAUUUGGCCUGAUCGGAGUUUUGUCAAGCUAAACGGACUUUUUAAACCGGAUUCGAACGAGGGACCAUUAAUGUAAAGUAAACUCCCUGCAUCUUAAGCUAAUUUUCCUCUUGGUUUUUUCAUUUGCCGAUUCAGGAUUCAUCAACCACAGCAAAGAUUUUUUUUAGCAAUAUCAUCAUUUUGAUCUUCCUGAAGAUCAGGUGCAACUCUUCUUGACAUUUUGUUAGUGUGUGAGAGAGAAAGAAAGAGAACAGUGUGUGAGAGAGACAGCGAUGGCUCCGAACAGGUCUGGAUCUUGCAAUCCGGCGAUGAUGAGAAUCGGAAUCGUGUUCUUGGGACUAUCUUUGGUAGGUUAUUUAGUAGGUCCACCUCUAUACUGGCAUAUUCUCGAAGGUUUAGCCGCCGUCCGCCGCUCUUCCUCCGCCGCUUCUUGCCCUCCUUGCAACUGCGAUUGCGAUUCCCGACCUACCCUCUCCUUUCCUCAAGGACUUGGCAACAGUUCCUUCACAGAUUGUUCAAAGCAUGAUCCGGAAGUGGAUGGGGACACUGAAAAGAACUUUGCAGAGCUUCUAUCAGAAGAACUAAAACUAAGAGAAGCAGAAGCAUUAGAAAGUCAACAGCGUGCUGACAUGGCAUUACUCGAGGCCAAAAAGCUGACAUCACAAUAUCAAAAGGAAGCAGACAAGUGUAACUCUGGAAUGGAAACAUGUGAAGAAGCCCGUGAAAAAGCCGAAGCAGCUUUAGCCUUACAAAAACAAGAAACCGGAAAGUGGGAGUUGCGGGCCCGCCAACGAGGAUGGAAAGAAGUCGGUGUUAGGGGCACUGAGGUCUUUUGA